AAUGGUUUCCAAACCAAACAUACCUUUAACUAAGCCAUCGAUGGCUAACUCUGCUCUCAAUUUUCAAAACAAUAACACAAAUAAUGCCAAACAUUUUGAUCGGAAUAUUAUGAAUGAAAACAAAACUGUGGACAACAUUAACGAGAAGACUAUAAUCAAUACGAAUGUGACGAAUCAGAGCAACAAAGAGUCGCUUCUCAAGAAGACUGAGGACGCGCUCAAAGAAAUCCUUUCAGAAAACCAGAACAUUGAAGACGUGAUCAUUAAAUUCAAAGAAAUGAAAAUUCCUAAAAACUUUCAAUUAGACGUUUUGGUGACUAUUCUCAAGAAGUCGGUGGAAGCGUCUGAGAGUGAAAGAGAGACGUCCACUAAACUCCUGAAUCAGUUGAAGGCUGAGGACGUUAUCGGCGCCAAUAUUUUUAUGAAUGCUUUCAAAGAAUUAAUUAACCGAAUCGAGGAACUGGAGUCUUAUAUACCGCGUGCGAAGUCAAAUGUGGCGGCAUUUAUAUCUGCGGCCAUCGCU